AUGUUUCUCAGUGUUAUUGGGAAUAUUCAUCGGAGGAAGAAGAUUCUGAUUAAUGUGUUCUACUUCUUUCUGAUCGCCGGACUCCUCGUUCUCGGUGUUUUCACCAUCAAAAAGAACACCUAUUCGUAUUUAGACAGUUGGGAGAUUGCUCAGGAGAUUGCUGAGAAUGCGACGGAAGACGCGAUGAUAAAUGGGUCAAGUAAUAUUGACUUCUCGGUGGUUUUGUGGAAUGCCGACAUGGAAUUGGUCCUUACUGAAAAGACUAUUGACGAUGAACCGAAAAGAGACUUUUUGAUGGUUGUCUGCACUUUUAUUGGUGUUGAUUUCGACGUUCACAACAAAUCCUCCUGGUACAUUGUCAUUUUUUCGCUGGUCGGCUCAUUGCUCUACGGGUGGAAUGUUCUUCGCUUUGUUCUGUGGGCGGAUCAAAAAGUGGAGACAUUUUUGGAUGAUAUGGAAAUUUAUAAACGCUGGGAGAUGUCAAUGAAUUCACUGAUUUUGUGCUGGAUUUGA